AUGAUCCUGUCAUUUUCCCUCCCAUGUUCAAAAGAGGCCCAAGGAGGAAAAACACUUAGAAGAAAGGAACCAGAUGAGUCAAAUGCAACUAAGUGUCAAAGAACAAAUACUACUCAUAGGUGCAAGACAUGUUUGAAGUAUGGUCACAACAUUAGGACAUGUAAGAAGAACAAACAAAUUGUUCUACAUAAGAACCAAAAUAUAACAACAAUUGAACUACCUACGCAGGCAAAUCAGACUGAAAAUGUUCAAAAGGAAACAUCAAAAAAGAGGAGACCUAAGGGGUCAUUAAAUAAGAAAGGGAAAGGUGUUCCAAGUAAGGCACCAAUUCAGGCGCCAGUGCAAGAUACUCAGGCUACACCACCUUCAGUCAUAGAUCAGAUCAAUGAGGCACUGUCAGUAUCAGUGUAA